AGGAUGUGACCAGCAGAGAGAGAGCGAGCUCUGCUCCAUUUACCUGCAAAGUGAUGUUUACCCUCAUCUCUACCUCCAUGGAAACAUGACCAAAAGCGUUCAAUAUCACCUGGCUCACACGCUUACCUGUCAUUCUGCAGUGAGGAGAAGUGCGACCUGCCCGUGCUGAACACUUGCUUACGCAGAUUUAAGUAGUAAUGGAGGCUCUACUGCAGGGGCGAACAGAGAGGCUCUUCAUGGCUGCGGAGGAUUUCGCACUGUCUCUUUUGUGUACAUUUGUGGACUGGUACAACAGCUCGGGACAGGCAGAGCGUCUCGGCAGACAGUUUGCCCAGACUAACACCUCUCGUACUGCAAUGGAACUGUUUGUUCAAGAGUGGCACAUUUUUCUGCCUCCUCAACAAAUGAGGGUAAUCCAGAUCUGCCCCAUCCUAGGAUUUCUGGCUGUAUUUUUAACCACACCAAUUCUCCUGGCCCGGAUCCUGUUCAAAGCUCACCUGCGGCAACAGACUCGCUACCUGCUCCUGGCCAAUGCCUUGUUUAGCGACCUUCUCUUUGUGGCUCUCUACAUGCUAACCACCUGUUUGAAUACAGCUGCUGUGCUGAUGUCAGACGUGGCCUGUGCUGCCAUGCUCUUUCUGAUGGGUAUCUUUUACAGUGGUGGGCUCUUCAGCGCCACCGCCAUAGUGCUGGACACUUCCUUAGCGAUAUUAGCACCAUUACGAUAUGCUACGCUGUGGCCUAUCUCCAGAACCUAUUCUGCUGUCCUCACUAUCUGGGUUGUGUCUUUCUUGUUCCCUGCUGCCUCUGUGGGUCUCUUUCUGUGGUACCAUAGGAUGAGCCCCUGCACCCAACACAUCUGCUCUCUUCCUUUGGUGCUUGUUCUAACUGUUAGCCACUCAAAGCCACUCCAGGUGUGCAUGCUGCUAACUGUCACGGCUGUCCUUAUCACCUUGCUCCUGGUGGUCGCUGGUUACGCGAUACUUUACUGUCAUACCAGCAAAUCCGGCGUGUGGCGAGGAGAGCGGUCAUCCAGGGCUAAGGGAACGUUUCUCGUUCACUACCUCCACCUGUUCUUGUCUGUGUGUCCCAUGUUGCUUCUGAUCAUCGAGUUGCUGUUGUACAGCUAUAGUAGUGAGCUGCAUCCCAGUGCAGGUCUCUGGGUGUCGCUGGUGCUAUGUAACAUCCUGUUGGUUUUGCCCAAAGCCCUGGCACCCUACCUGUAUGGACUCAGGUACAGGGACCUGCGUGGGGCUCUGCUGGAUUUAUUUAGGCUGAAUAGACCUAGGGCCAUCACACCUGUGAUAUGACUGCUAAUUUUUUGCUUGUUUUUUUUAUGAAGAUUUUAUGUGUAAAAGGGUUUAAUAGGAAAUUUUACUUUCCUUAGACUUAGCCUGCUAAAUAUUUAACCUGCUGUCUAAUUCGGAUAAAAUUCCAAAACUGCUAAUCAUGGGCUAUGUUUAAAAAAUAAAAAAAAAGCAUAUUUGUAUACUGCCCCAGUACUAUAUCCUAUUCCUUGAAGAAGUGUGCUGUGUAUUUUGCAUUACUUAGUAAACACCAACUCUUCAUUUGCCUAUUUACCAGUCGAAUUCACCUAUGCAGGCAGUUAUUAAAGACUUUAUUGUUUUUCUGUGCUCCAGUUCUUUCUAACCUGUAAACAAGUAUACAUUACAUAUCCUCUGUUUCGUCCCUUCUAAAUCCUAGAUGUGUAUUGCAACAACACUGAAUAAAACCAGAUCAAGAUUCAAGGUUCAUUUGUCACAUAGUGGGCACAAAGUCCAAAAACUAAAAGAACAUCAAAUAGAAUCAACUGUUGUGAAUCUUUCUACUGUUAUCUUGUUCACAUUUCCAAUAUAUAAGCCAAA